AGAAAAGAGGAAGCAGUCCCGCCCCCAGAAGAAGCUGGAGGUCGAGCAGAGAAGCAGCUCCACGGAUUUGUUCAGCCCAAAACCUGAAGCUAAAGCUCGGUUAUCUUAGUCUUUACUUCGGCGGAGCGGCGGUGGACUCAGGGACUUUUGUGGCCAGGACUGAUAGGACAUGAGCUUCAGGUAGAGGAGUUCCAUUUUGUCGCUAAAGUCGUCCAUGCCGCGCUCCUCUGCUCACAUUCCGUGAAGAGGCGGAUCUACUUUACUUUGGAUUGUUGUGCUGCUGGGCGGUUGAUCGGAACAGGGCCGGACCAGAGGCAGGAUGAGUGCAGAAGAAGAACGAUUCAAACUGGUUGUGGUGGGUGGGGGCGGGGUGGGGAAGAGCGCCCUCACCAUCCAGUUCAUCCAGUCCUACUUUGUGUCAGACUACGACCCCACCAUUGAGGACUCCUACACCAAGAUCUGCACCGUUGGGGGGAAGGAGACCCGGCUGGACAUCCUGGAUACAGCCGGUCAGGAGGAGUUUGGAGCGAUGAGGGAGCAGUACAUGCGCUCAGGAGAAGGCUUUCUAUUGGUGUUUGCACUCAACGACCGGGGCAGCUACCACGAGGUUCAGAAGUUCCACACGCAGAUCCUGAGAGUGAAGGACCGGGAUGACUUCCCCAUGGUGCUGGUUGGAAACAAGGCGGACCUGGAGCAUCAGAGAGUGAUCUCCAGGGAGGAUGCCCAGGCGUUCACCAGAGAGAACAGGAUCCACUACAUGGAGGCUUCUGCCAAGAAUCGCCACAACGUGGAUGAAUGCUUCUUGGAGCUGGUACAAAUUAUCAGAAAGUUUCAGGAGAUGGAGAGUCCUCCCCCCCAAGCUCAUCACACAGGGAAAAAGAAGAGCGGGGACUGUCCCUGUGUCCUGCUCUGAGCACUGUUACUAUGGACAUCAGAGCCCCGCCCCUCUACAACUUGUCCAAAGAAGAGAGAGAGAGAGAGAGAGUGUGUGUGUGUGUGCGUUUGUGCGUGCGUGCGUGCGUGCAUGUUGGGAGAGAAGGGGGGGAGAAAGAGUUAAGGUGCGUCCUAUUCUUACCAAAUGGUUUCAUUUGCACUUUUGUCAAAAGCAAGUUCUAUAUCAGCGUAUCUUUUUGUAAUGAGUGGAUGUAAAGGGAUCAGUAGCAGGUUAGUAGUCAGUAGUAUAGUUAGUUUGGUGGAGAAACAGGAAGUCAGUACUGUGUUUUAAUUGUCACACAUGCAGACCGCACACUGUAAGAUUUAGACUGUACAUUUAACUUCUCCUGUGUGAGUAGCAGUGGGCUGCAGAGGCCCGGGGUUGGGGGGCAGUGUGGUGGUUUGCUGCCCAGCUCCCAAGCCAAGUCCCUACAUACUGAGCAACUGCUGCUCCCCCAAUGCUUGCAAAAAUAAAAAAUCACAUUCACAAUAUGUUGUAGAAAUGACUGCUGUUAAGCAGUAGGAGAGUACAGCAGGGACAUCAUCAUCACAGCUACACAAACAACUAUUCCAAAACGGUGUCUUCAGUGUUAAAUAAUUGACAUGCCAAUGUAAUAUUUCAACUUGCUCAUGAAAUGAAAUCAAGGCCUGGCCAAGGCCAAGCCACAACACCCUUGAGCUGUCCGACCCAAAGCCUUCCUACAGGGAGCGCCAGAGCCUCUCCAGAGAAUAGAAAGAGAGAGGAAGUGUAGCAGCAGCUCCAGCUUGUAGCUCUGUUUCCAGCUGCUGGGUUUGCACUAUUGCCUUUAUGCCUUAAUUGUGCCAAUUGUGUUGCUAUAACAAUUCAGAAUAGUGAAAACAUCCUGAAUGACAGAUCCUGAUCACUCAGGGUUCCUUUCGCCAUAUUGACCGGAUUACUGCACAUUAUCCCGCUUAUUACUAAGUUAAUCAAUGAUUUGACCCAAUAUAUUGAAUUAAACCAGUUUUUAUUGAUAUGAACAAAUAAAAUGUUGUUUCCACUUCUAGUCCAUCUACUGCAUAGCAACAGCUGGGAGUGCUGUGACAGCCACACUGAUGGAGAUUUCUGUAACUGUCAUAGUCUGUUCAGUUUCUGUUCCACUAACAAGUCCUUAAACUCUGCAGAGCCCAAACUGUGUUCCUCUUACUGUUUACUUCCUGUCUGUCUUCUUCUGCUGUUCCCUUUAGUGUUUACUUCCUGUCUGUCUUCUUCUGCUGUUCCCUUUAGUGUUUACUUCCUGUCUGUCUUCUGCUGUUCCCUUUAGUGUUUACUUCUUAGGUUCAUCUCAAUACCCCUGCUCGACUUCUCUCUCCCCCUCCUCCGGGACUUGACCCGGAAAUCGAUCAAGACACGCCAUGUUGAAGGACGUCCCAAUUGCUGAAAUGCACACGGAGGAGGAGGGGUGAUGGAGGAAGCUUCCAGAGGAGACGAAAGGGAGGAUACACGAGAGCAGACUAUGCGGAAGUGUUUUCACUACUCGCGUAUAAAAGCCCCGCCCCGCCCCCACCUUCACAGCCUCUGCUCACUGCAGCUGAUCUGACUCAGAGCUCCGCCCCCAUCUGCACAGCCUCUGCUCACUGCAGCUGAUCUGACUCAGAGCUCCGCCCCCAGCUGCACAGCCUCUGCUCACUGCAGCUGAUCUGACUCAGAGCUCCGCCCCCAGCUGCACAGCCUCUGCUCACUGCAGCUGAUCUGACUCAGAGCUCCGCCCCCAGCUGCACAGCCUCUGCUGACUGCAGCUGAUCUGACUCAGAGCUCCGCCCCCACCUUCACAGCCUCUGCUCACUGCAGCUGAUCUGACUCAGAGCUCCGCCCCACCUUCACAGCCUCUGCUCACUGCAGCUGAUCUGACUCAGACCUCCGCCCCCACCCAGAGUCCUGCAUCGGGUCGGGUACCCGCGGGUACCCGACGGGUGACCCGCAAAAAAGGUGAUUCGCGGGUGGUAUUUUUUCAAACGCUUUUUUUCCGGGUUCGGUUCUGGGUAAAACAAAGAUGAUGCGGGUCGGGUCGCGGGUAUUGC